CAUAACAAACUCAGAUAAGAGUGGUGUAUUUGGAAAGGGAUCCCUGCAUGUCUUAUCUCUCCAUGCAAGAAGUAACGAGUUUUCAAGCAAUCCAAACAUGGACAGUUUAAAAUGAGCUAACCAGUACGGAAGGAUGCGGUCAAUAAUUUGGUGUGCUUUCUGUGUGUGGUGUUUGUGUAUUGGCCCGACGGUGGGGGGAAAUGGUGGGUUCACACUGGCGCCGGGCCUGGCUUCCCCGGAUUAUAAAGCGGACGAAGCUAAAUACCAGGAUGGAGGAAUGGGACCAUUGUAUAAUUUUGCCCGAAAGUUCAUCAAUAUGUGUUUAUCAGAUAUUGAAGAUGUGAUAGAAGUGAUAAAGACUGCGAUAAAGGGUGACAUGAGUACAGAUCCACAGGAACUGCUCAGCGUGGUGAAGGACAACUUUUUGGGAUUUAUUAUUUCGGUGGUGGUAGGAAUCCUCUUUAUCGUCAUCUUCCCUAUCGUGGGGUGCUGCUUCUGUUGUUGCAGACUUUCCUGUGAAGCUUGUUGUGCCCAACCAAAGGAAGAAGAUCCUAAUGUGUCUUGCAAGAAGGCUGUUUAUGGAACCAUCCUCUUCGUCAUCGUGGCCUUCACUGCAGCUGGCAACAUUUGUGUGUAUGUGUCAAACGACAGGAUUUCGCUUUCUCUAACAGAACUAGUAGACAAUGUGGACACUAACUUAGACGACCUUGAACUGUUCAUGGACUACACUACCAAGCAAAUAGAGUUAAUUCGUACGAAUUUCCAGGCGACAAAGACUGAAAUCAACGACAGACUUGACACAUCAAAACUUUCGGAGACAUUACAAAACAAAGCGGUGUCUUUAUUGACAGGAGGAGCUGUACAAGAGCUACAGAAAGAUAUAAACGAAUUGACUGGUGCCAUAACCAGAAUUAACAACGGAAAGACGUCGUUUACAGCAGCGUGCAAUAACUUGAAUCCAACGCCUUGUGCAUCAACCCCGAUGAACUUACCAACUAUUCCAAAUAUCGAUAUAUCAAAAGAGGCAACAACGAGUAUUAAAAAUCAGAUAGAUACGGCCCUAGGAGGCACCACUACAGCGAUAGACUCGGCGAAAACACAAUUAGACCAAGCUAACACUCAGAUCGAUGACCUGGUCACUAACACAAAGGACGCCAUUCAGAAGGGAGACACAGUGAACAUCAACGGAACUAAAACAAUGGUGAAAGACAACUCGGAUUUCAUCAAACCAUUUGAUAAAUAUAGAUGGUACGCUGGUAUCGGCUGUGCAGGUAUUGUCUCCCUUAUCCUUGCUCUCUACUGUUGUGGAAUAUGUUUUGGUUGUUGUGGAGGACGAUCUGUUAAUGACCCUCUGGAAAAAGGUUGUGUGUCUAACUGUGCUGGACGGCUAAUGAUUGGGGCCCUCGUGUUCAUAUUCGUGUUCUGUCCCCUUCUGAUGCUCAUCACCACUUUGAUGUACAUUCCUGGAGCAUUCCUGGAGAGGUACAUCUGUCAGCCGCUGACCGAUCCCAACCUGCAGUUCAUAGACGAGCUUGUCAAUGAAUUUGAAUCCAAUUUGGAGACGUUUCUCAAGCACGAAACAGGCCAUGAAAUGACGCUAAAGACGUUCUUCGGUAACUGUAAAAAUAAUCAAGCAAUCUACAAAGCAUUGGACCUGGAACAUCUAACACUUUUUACAUUCAAGUUUUCCGAUUUGGAAAUGAAAGUACAGCAUAUAAUGAAUGACAUGAGAACCAAGGGUACCCAGGGAAUGGGGACAAUGAUGACGGAUACAACAGGAUAUGGGGGAUCCAAUCUCCUGCCUCAGAGCCUACAAACGACUUUGAAUAAUGUGAAGAGUGCAAUGGCGUCAUUUGACGUCAACGCAUUCGAUAACGGUUUAAAGGCCAUGGAGAUGUUAGUUAAGUCUUUGGAACCAAAUCAUCCGAGUUCCAUGGAUAUCAAGGUUAUGAAUAAAGCUCUGGAAGACAUGAAAGCAGGCAAAUCUCAGCUUUCAAAGCAGAAAUUGAAUAUUCCGAGUGCAGUGGACAGGGUGAAAAUACAGUUGCAAAAUGCGACAACAACUAUGAGAACGAAUGGAAUGAAAAAUAUUGCUCAAUCGUUUAUCAACGAUACAGUUGACAUCGUCGAUAUAUAUUUCAAAGACGUUAAAUUUAAAGUACAUAAUGAAAUAGGACGCUGCCAGCCCCUGUGGAAUCUGUACAACUCUAUCGUUAAAAUAUCUCUCUGUGAAUACAUUGUCGAUGCUUUUAAUGGAUUCUGGUUUUCGAUUGGCUGGUGCAUUUUCUUCUUACUUCCGGGGGCAGUUAUAGGAACAAAACUCUCAAAUUUUCUUCGUGAUGUUGAAUAUACGUAUGACAACAAACAUGAUGCUGAGAGUGGAGGAACCAAACGCACAAAAAGGAACCAAGUGGGACAUAAGGACGAUGAUGAUGACUAAAGCAUCACCCGAAAUCUCAACGUCAAGAAGGACUCUUCAUUUUGAUUAUGGACGUCUUUCUAAUCAAAGCAGUCAUGCUUGAGUUAUCUCUAAUGUAAAAAGAAAAUUUAACUAUUACAUGAAUUAGUGCAACGUAGUCUUCCAUUGGGUUGGAAUGAAGAAGGAUUCUUGAAAACUAUAACAAAUAGGAAUUACUCACUAGAUUAAGAUUUUCUACCAUCUAGAGAAAGUUAUAAAACGUCAUUAUAAACAUAACUCUAUUGAAGAAUCAGAUUAUUUUUUCAUUAUAAUUUUUCGAAAGGUUUCUAUCUGAAUGAGGUGGAAUAUUUAGAUUUGAUGGAUUACUGUAUCAAAUAUUACACGAAAGGUUUCUAUCUGAAUGAGAUGGAAUAUUUAGAUUUGAUGGAUUACUGUAUCAAAUAUUACACGAAAGGUUUCUAUCUGAAUGAGGUGGAAUAUUUAGAUUUGAUGGAUUACUGUAUCAAAUAUUGCACGAAAGGUUUCUAUCUGAAUGAGGUGGAAUAUUUAGAUUUGGUGGAUUACUGUAUCAAAUAUUACAAGAAAGGUUGAUUGAAACAUGGUACAUAUUUAUGCUUUAAAUUCAUACUUAGCCUUUCAUCGAUGUGUGUUUCUUCACCGCAUAUAGAAAGUGAUGAUCAUUCUAAAACUUUGAUUAGAAAGACGUUCAUGAUCGAAAUGAAAGUUCAUAUGCAUAUAUUAUAAGUGUAUAUUACAGUGAUUUUAUCAAUUUGUGUAGGGGUCAAAUUUCGUGGAUUUUUUUUUUAAAGAAUUCGUUAACACGUAAUUUCAAGAACAGCUGGUCUCUGUGUUUCCUUAAUGAGCGAAAAUGUAAUUCGUAUUGCACUUAGAUUUGUGAUCUGGCAUGUUAACAUAGCGAUUAAUAUCAUUAAACGAAAGAAGAUGAAGCAACAUUAUAUGUAGCACAUACGUACAGGAUACCGUACACUUUAUAUUUGCAUCAUUUUUUAAAUAUGUACUGAGAAUUGUAUUUUGUAGAUGCACAUCAUUUCUAAACUUCUAGCAUUUGUAGAUUUGUAUUGUAUUGUUUAAUGGCUUUCAGCCUUACGGCUCAACAGCAGAUUUGUAAAUAAUAUUACCUUCAAUAUCUUGUCAAUUUAUCAUCCCCCUGUUAAUUGUGACGAAUAUUGUAAAAUCACUAGUUCUCGUGUGUAGGGUAGCGGUCAUUUUGCGUUGCUUUUAUGGCAUGAACACAUCCAUGAACUUUUUUCGUCCACAAAGAAGUCCUCAUCAACAUGCCUAUUUUUCUCAAACUACGAACAUUGAGUGAUACUACAGUAUUCCUGUUAUCAAACUCCGUCCGUUACAAUUUUACUGUUUUAGACAUUUGUACUUGCCAGCAAAAACUCCGUCCAUUCCCCUUUUUUGUUAAUCCAGAGUUGUCUUUCUUUGUGUUGUUCUCAACUUUCAUGUAUAAAGUUAUUUCCAAAGUGAAACAUGAAUAAAUAAAUUGGUGUAAAUUUUCUUUAAAAAAAAUGGUUUUGAGAUUAUGUUAUCAAAAACAUAAUCUUGGUUUCAUUUUGUCUUUUAAUUUUCUAGUACAUGAUCUGUAAUAAUGGUAUAGAAUGAUUUCAAUGAGGUUGGCACACCUAGCUGUUUAAAAUGGACUUGUAUUUGCUUUAUUGUACAAAAAUAUCAGGUAAUUCGAAUUACAUAGGUGUUUACAAUGCCUUAUAAUUUUCGUGAAUGAUACUGCUUAUAAUAAUUUAGAACAAAUCAAAUUAUAAUAAAUGUUUUCUUAAGCUUUCUUUCUGCAAGAUUGUAACACUCAUUUUGUUUAGUUAACAAUAUGAAAUUGUGUUGUGUGUAUUAAUAAAUAUUUACAUUUCUAA